AUGAUCCUGAACACUUCUGACCUCGGCUGGGAUGAGUCUUCGGGUGCGGACCCCUUCUUUCCUCUGGACCAGCUGGAUAACUCCACUGAAGUCCCACCCCUCACAGUUUGGGGCGUGGCCCUGUGUGUUUCAGGAACUCUCAUUGCCACUGAAAAUGCAAUAGUUGUCACCACCAUCUUGGCCACCCCUUCUCUGCGGGCCCCCGUUUUCCUUCUUCUUGCCAGCCUUGGACUGGCAGAUCUCCUGGCAGGUGUGGCUUUGAUCCUGCACUUCCUCUUCCUGUUCUGCAUGGAGCCCAGUGAUUGGUCGGAAUUAGUGACCUCAGGACUGCUGGUGACAUCACUGAUUGCCUCACUCUGUAGCCUGAUGGGUGUUGCCUUGGACCGAUACCUGUCCUUAAGCCAUGCCCUCACCUAUGGCUCAGGCCAAUCCCGUCGCUGGGCCGCUGUCCUCCUGCUGCUGGUCUGGGUGGGUGCAUGUGUCAUUGGGGCAGGACCAGUAAUGGGAUGGCACUGUCUUGACAAGCCAAACUCCUGCUCUGUAGCACAACCUCUGACCCGGACAUACCUAUCUCUACUGUGUGGUGGCUUCCUGGUGAUUGUCAUAGUAACCUUGCAAUUGUAUGCCGGGAUCUGCCGUGUGGCAAGGCGGCACGCCCAUGCCAUUGCUACACAGAGGCACUUCCUCCCCUCCAACCAAUCAUAUGCAAACAAACACAGCAGUGGAAGGGGCUUCUCUCGGUUGAUCCUGGUCCUGAGUGUGUUUGUGGGCUGCUGGAUGCCUUUCUCCCUCUGGGGCCUGCUGGGUGAUGCGUCCAGUCCUCCUCUGUACACCUAUGCCACCUUGGUGCCAGCGGCGGGCAGCUCCCUGCUGAACCCCAUACUCUACAGUCUGAGAAACAAAGACAUUCGCAAGGUGCUGCUCCAGGCCUGCUGCCCCCACAGAUGCGCACACAACACACACAUACACAACCCUGUGGAUGUGUAG